AUGGUUUCCCUUUCAACCACCGCCCGCUUUCUCCCCUUCACUGCACAAAACGCUUCCACCAGGAUCCCUCCUCCCAAUUCGUUCCGUUACAGCAAGCAACGUGAUAGAGAUCACUGGAAGGUUGUCUGCGCCUGCAUCGCACCUCCGCAGAACUUCAAGAGCCAGGACUCUUCCCCCAUUAAUUUCAACGGUUCGCACAAAUCAGAACAGUUGGGCGCGGAGCGGGAUCGGGAGGAUGAUUCUGAUGUUCUUAUUGAGUGUAGAGACGUGUACAAAUCUUUUGGUGAAAAGAAAAUCUUAAAUGGUGUCAGCUUCAAGAUCAGGCAUGGUGAAGCUGUUGGGAUAAUUGGUCCCUCUGGAACUGGUAAAUCUACAGUUUUGAAGAUUAUGGCAGGACUUCUUGCUCCGGACAAGGGGGAAGUUUACAUUCGAGGCAAAAAGAGGGCUGGUUUAGUAAGCGAUGAUGACAUAUCGGGUCUUCGGAUAGGAUUAGUUUUCCAAAGUGCUGCACUCUUCGAUUCUUUGACUGUUCGUGAAAAUGUUGGUUUUCUCUUGUAUGAACACUCAAGCAUGUCUGAGGGUCAGAUAUCAGAGCUUGUCAAGGAAACCUUGGCCGCAGUUGGAUUGAAGGGAGUUGAAGAUCGGUUGCCUUCUGAGUUAUCAGGUGGGAUGAAAAAGCGAGUUGCUUUAGCUCGAUCUAUAAUUUGUGACACUACAAAGGAAUCAAAUGAGCCAGAGGUGCUUUUAUAUGACGAACCAACUGCUGGACUUGAUCCUAUUGCAUCUACUGUCGUUGAGGAUCUUAUUCGCUCUGUGCACAUAAAAGGACGAGAUGCUCGUGGAAAACCUGGGAAUAUUGCAUCUUAUGUGGUCGUUACUCACCAACAUAGUACCAUUAAAAGAGCCAUUGAUAGAUUGUUGUUUCUACACAAGGGAAAGAUUGUUUGGGAAGGAAUGACUCAUGAAUUCACAACUUCAACAAAUCCAAUUGUUCAGCAGUUUGCAUCCGGGAGCCUAGAUGGUCCUAUCAGAUAUUAG